UGACUCAUCCCACUGGGUAUAUGAUUUCUCAAAUUUUAAUGUAAAAACAGCUCCACUAUAAUGCCCUCAAUUAGAUAAAUUAAGUUGUAUGUAUUAAACUCAACGGGCACUCGAGUAACAGACCAACUUUAUGACAGCCAUGUCUACAGCCAAUGAAAGCGUCUCUUAUCCUUUCACGCCCCUCCCACAUAGGUGCAACAGCCAAUCAGAGGAUCGGUAUGGUUUUUAAAUCCAUCACGCUCUCACUGCUCUGCUCCGAGGUGGAGUGGACUGAUGGGCUUUGUGGCACAAACUGUGAAGUAAACUGCGAAAAAUUGGAUAUAAUUCUGGGAUUUGACAUGGCUAAAGGUAAUCUUACUCACUUAUUGUCUUUAUGUUAAAUACGGAACAUCAUGUUAGUUAGUUUUCAUGUAUGUUAGUCGACAGACGAGGUUAACCGGGUAAAUAAUGGAGCAGAUGAGCUUCAAUAGACGCAGCGCAUGUUGAUAAAUAAAUGAAACCCACCGGUUACUAUGGGUUUAGGAGUAAUGUGUGAACAAGAAAGUGAUUUAUUUAUUUUUAUCAAUGUUUAUGUAGGAAAGAAAACUGUUUUGAGAAUCGACAUAAAGCCCGAGGACGGCGUUGAGAAUAAAGUCAGCUCACGGAAGGAGACAAAGGAAAACAAACCAAACACUAACAAGGUAAGCUUGGCUGUUUAAAACCACAGAUAAAUACUCACAAAGUAAACUGGGAAACAAGUUUUUGUCAGAGUAUGUGUAAAUGCAUCAUCACCCAAAAGGAAGCAGCUCUUCGUCUGAACAGACAGUGACCUUUGACACUCCGCAAACCCUGUUUUUACUCAACUUUAGACCCAAAACUGUGUAUUUUAAGUGUCAAAAUAGCCAUUUAGAGCCAUAGCUCUGAAUCAUUAGGAGCACAUACAUCUACAAAUUGUAAGGUUGAUUUAAAAUGAGCUUUAAAUGAAGGAAGCACUGCAAUAAAAAAAAGACAAUAUCUAAAAGCUCUGACUGGACUCCUCAACAUAAUGUUUAUUCAUCAUGCCAUCCUAUUAUCAUUAUUAUUAUGGCACAAACACCACUGAAUAAGGAAAAAUCUGUUACCAAGGAGAUGCUUACAAAUCCCAUCUAGAGUCAAAACAAAUUCUUCAUCAGCCAGCAGCCUGUUUGCUGUAUUUUCCUCUGGAUUUAAUGGGGUUUUUCAGGAAACUGCCUGAUUUUUACCUACAAAAAGCAGUGCAACAAGAAUCGCUGAACUCUAAAUGUGGGGUAUCUUUAAUUCACAUGAUGUAUGCGGGUGGAAGCUGAGAGCGAUAUACAGUAGUGAUGAGCACAGCAGUUCUUUUAGGUGUACUGAAUCACUAGAAUCAGUUCACAUAAAAGAUUAGGUUUAGGUUUGCCCACAAAAAUGAUUCCAGAGAGGGCAGUUCAAUGUGUGAUUUGUUUACCAAGUGAUUCAGUCGUCGGUGCAUACUGUCCCUUGUUCCCUGGCUGCUUGCCUGGCAAUGCUGCGUGCCAUACCAGCUGUGCCGCUGACAGCUUAACUGAAGUGAGAAGCGAACAAAUCAUUUGAGGAAGGGAUUCGGUUCAGUACGUUCAAUUACAAGAUUCGGUUCUCUUAAACGAAUCGUUCGCAAACGACACAACACUAAUAUCCAGGACUCUGCACAUUGUCUCAUGGAAUUGGGUUUUCAUUUUACUCAUCAUCAUCCUUUUUUGACAUUGGUCGAUUAUUUCUGCAGGACUGUGUAGGAACAUUGCAGUCAAUUUCCCAGAGCUUAAGGACCCAAGGCAAACCAAGAUCCCCGUUAAGCGACAGUUCAAGCAUGCUGAUCCAGGAUGGGAAUGAAUCUGAUACAACUCAUCCGGGCAUGUCAAAACUAAAAAAAGGUGAGAAUGAUUUUCAUUUUUAUACCUUUUUUGUCUCUGAAAUACAGAAACAUUUCCUAACUCUGCCUUUUAUUUUCAUUAUUUUUGUCUUCUUCAUCUAGAUGUCCCUCAUGAAACAAACUCUGAGAGUUGUGAGUUCAAAGAGCAAAAUGUGGAAACAGCUCUGCACUGUCAUGGGAUCAGAGAACCAGUCACUGAUCAAUCGGAGCAGAAAGAGUCCACGGUUCACACAAAUGUCAGACCUGCAGCCGUCAGCAAAGUUACAGCAUCCAAACAUCGGAGUAGAGGUCGCAAACCUGGAGCAAAAAAGUGAGUUAGCUGCCUCUGUUGCACUGAGCUGAAUCGCAUAAAGAUGUCCGAUUAUUAUUUAUUUAUCAAAAACUUACAGUUGAUUCCUACUUUUCAGGACAGAGAAUAAAGCUCCCCAAAACAGAAAAGUCACAGACUAUUUUCCCAUCAGACGAAGUAACAGAAAGACUGAGGCAGAACUCAAGGUUUGAAUCCAAAUGGUCUCUUGUGUUGUGAUUUUGAGAGUUAUUUCAUAAUGCUACACAGAAUAUUUGUUUACGUGUUUCUGCAGAUUUUUUUUUUUAAAUGAAAGCAUUUCUAUGAGCAGUGUGCACUAUUGCAUGACCAGAGUUUGACCCACUUACUGAAACUGUCAACAGGAUGAAGAACACAGACACAUUGAUGACCUGAUAAAGAAAGGCAUUGAGGAGGGAAUGCAGGUAAUAUUCAACGGUUCAACAACAGCUUGUGCUACAUUCAGGCCAAAUACUUGCAGCUGUAUUUUUUUUUUUACCAUUUUGUUACUUGUAUUUUUAUUGUUUUCAAAUCUGAUAAUUGUUAAAAUAUAUUUUAUAGGUUUUAUCGAUAUUUUAUGUGUUUCUCAAACGAAUGCAGUAUACGUUCUGUAGUUAAUGGUCGUAAAUUUGUAGUUGAUAAAUGUCAUGAACCACAUUGUUUUAAAAAUUGCUGUUUAUUGUUUUUUAAUGGACAGGUCAAACACAUAGAAGGCAAAGGAAGAGGGAUAUUUGCCACCAGUGGCUUCAGAAGAGGAGAGUUUGUGGUUGAGUAUCACGGGGACCUGCUGGAACUAGAAGAGGCUAAAGAGAGAGAGGCGCUGUACACUCAGGAUCCCCAAACAGGCUGCUACAUGUACUACUUCCAGUAUCAAGCUAAAACCUAUUGGUAAGUUGAACAGUUAUGUCUAAUUGUGUUUAUAUAUGUUCUCACGAGUUAUGACUGCAUCCCACAUGCAUGAGCAAACUUGGAUAUGCAGAAUCAGUGUGUGAAAUCAAUUUGUUUUGGCGCCCUGAUGGCUGAGCGGUUAAAUCACACUCAUAUGCACUUGAGGUAUUACAUGUUGUUGACUCCUGUGUUGUCGAUCGAAGGUACAGCAUGUAGGAAAUGGAAUCAGCUGUAAAAAUACUCUAAAUUCUUAAUCAUGCUUCCCUUUUUUGUGAAACAGCUGCAUCUAUUUUAGUUGUAAUGAUGCCGACCACAGAGUUUUAUCACCACAGGAGAAAAAAGCAUGAAUUCUCCACAUUUAAAGUCUGCUAUUUUAAAAAAAAAAAAAUCAGUGGUUUCAUAAAGAUUUCAGUUGACAUGAAUCCUUCAAAUUUUCUAGACAUUGACUUCCCAUGUAUACAGGAGUUGUGCAUUAGUUAGGAAUGCACAAUACCAGAUUAUUGCCAGUUGAUAUUCAGAUAUUUUCAAACUCAUUUUGUUUCAAACCAAUAUUAAUACAGAUAUAUAUAUAUAUAUACAAAAUGUUUUUCAGGUCUCUUAGAAUUGAAUCAACCUGUUACUCUUAAUGUGACAACCUAUUUGUCUUGGAAACUGACAGAAAACAUGACAUUUUACUCUACUGUGAAUAUAUUCCUUUACUCAUGUGUCUGCUGGUUGUUCAUGACCCCUUAAAAUACUUCCAGUCAUGUGGAAUGUAUUCCAUACGGUCAUGUCUGCACACGCAUGCCGUCACUGCAUGCACAUAUCUAACAAAUCACUUUUUUCUGCUUUUUCUUAGAUCAGCAGAAAUUUGAACAAGCUGCCCACUCUGAUACCAUGUCAGUAAUAUUGUGCAUUCCUCCUAUUAGUGAGGCAUUAAUCUGUAUUUAUAUUUUUUUAACAGUGUGGAUGCUACAAAAGAAACGAGUCGUCUUGGGAGACUGAUCAACCACAGUAAAAAUGGAAACUGUCAGACUAAGCUUCACCCCAUCGAUGGGAUCCCUCAUCUGAUCCUGGUGGCCUCCAGAGACAUCAAAGCAGAGGAGGAGCUGCUCUACGACUAUGGUGAUCGGAGUAAAGACGCAAUCUCAGCUCACCCUUGGCUCAAAUACUGACUCUCCUCCUGAAGUGCUCAUAUGUCAGAUGAAUUGGUGCUUUCUGCUUUGUGUAAAAGAUGUUACAGCUUAAGAGUCGACAUGCUUUUUUUUAUAUUAAAAAAACGUUUUUGUUUUAGAAUAAGGCUAAAACUUUGACUCUGCAAAGACAUGCAACAGCAUUUUUUAAUUAUGUUUUUUAUAUAUCUUUUUUUAAUAAUCACAUUGAAGCAGACUGAUGAAGGCUUGAAAAGCAGAGUCUCCUCGAAAAGACAUAAUGUAAUUGACAAUUCAGUUUCGCUUUUGUAAAUUAUUUGGUGUGCUGUAAAUUGAUGAAUAAACAAUGCUGAGUGUUCUUUGCAGUUGCAGUGAGUCCUGAUGUGGAAAA